AUGUCAGCCAUACACGCGACUCACACUCCCGAUUUCGACGCUGGACCUCACCUAGGCCACGAUGUCACAGAGAAUAGAGGUACAGCAAGACACCUACCACUCGAUAACGGCCUACAAUGGGGCUCCGAUCCCAGCUUCUGUUACCAUGGAUUCUCCUGCCCUAUCGGCUCUUGGACAGAGGAACGCCUAGUCCGGAACCUGAUGCGCAACAUGGCAACUAUAUGCGACAGUGUGAACAUCGACUUCAAUUACGACGCUGAACUUAAGAAUCAUUACAAAUACGCUAAAGACCCCGAUCCGGUCCAGUUGAACGGGCUUGAUGUCUCUAGAUAUCGCCAAUACCGAAGUGAAACGCCCGGAUCGAUAUCCUCCGCGAGCACAUCCGGUUCUGAGAAGCGGAAAUCUGUUACUCCGCCAAGCUCGCUUGAGAAUCACGCUUCGCCACCCUCCAAGAAGCGUAAAUGCGUGCAGAAGCCUGGUCAGAAGCUUUGUCAUUGUCGAUCGGAAAAGAAAAGGCGGGAGAUCAUUGCGCAAGGGUAUCAAGAUAUUUCGAACAUUGUCCCUGCGCUUGGGAAGCAUAACUAUACCCGGAAAUAUGUUCUUGAGGAGGCGGCGAAAUUUAUCAUAUCUUUGACGGAGGGUAAUGAAUUAUUACGCCGGCGGUUAGAUGCAAUGGGAGAUCAAGAGGAAAGAAAUUUGAAAGAUCUGUUCCUAGAGAGCGAUUCAAAAAUGUGA